AGAUCAACAUUGCUCAGGAUGUAUCGUGUAACUCUGAGUCUUUUCACGAUAUCCACAUUUCUCCUGGCAUGUUUGGCUGAUGUGGGGCCAGAAAGGCACUCCCUCUACUAUGUGUACACAGCCCUGUCACAGGCCGUCAAUGCUCCUGGCAUCUUUGAGUUCACUGCCAUGGGUUUGCUAGACGACAGAAAGAUUGACUACUACAACAGCAAACAGAAGGUCAAGAUUCCUCAACAGGAUUGGAUGAAAGCAAAGCUUCCCGCAGACUACUGGGAGAAGGGCACCCAAUCACGCAAGAGUAAAGAGCAGUGGUUCAAAGUCAACGUCAACAUCCUGAUGGAGCGCAUGAGGCAAAACACAAGUGAUAUCCAUUCCCUGAUGUGGAGACAUGGCUGUGAGGCUGACAAAAUGGCAGAUGGUUCUUUACAGUUUGUCAAGGGUGUUGAUGAAUACAGUUACGAUGGCAGUGAUUUCCUUUCCUUUGACGAUGAUACAAUGCAGUGGGUGGCACCAGUCAAUGCUGCUCAACAGACCAAACAGAAGUGGGACGACGUGCCGAUCCUGAACCAGUACACCAAGGGCUACCUGGAGAAGGAGUGUGUGGAGUGGCUGGACAAGUUCCAAAAAUAUGGAGAGAAUGAUCUUGUAGAAAGCCAAAAAUAUCGUCGCCCAAAUGUAUAUCUUUUUGCCAAAAACGGGAGACCUCAUGGUAGAUACCUGUUGACAUGUCUGGCCACAGGCUUCUACCCGAAGGACAUCAAGAUCAGCAUUCUGAAGAAUGAUUGGCCCGAGAAGGAAGGGCAUCAAGAUGAUGUCUUGCCUAAUGGAGAUGGAACCCACCAGAUCAGAGUGACCUUCCUAGCGGAGAAGGUGGAAAUAAACAUGUAUAGAUGUAAGGUGGAACACAGGACCCUGGACGGACCCAUUAGCUGAGUGGAAAACAGAGGGAAAAGUUGUAGAUGAGGAUUGCGGCCCCGGCUCUGGCCCUCCAAUCGGAGUCAUUGCUGGCGGCCUCACACCACUGCUGCUCAUUGCUCCGGCUUUGGGGAUCUUCUUGGCCAAAAAGAAAGAGAUGCUGUGCUUUGAUAAGGGAUCCCCAGGUAGCUCUAUAAGAUCCUCAGAUGGAAGUGACCUAAUGUUGAAGGGAGCCAAUGGGAACGCCUAAACAUCUGCAGAAUGGUAGAGAUGAUCCAUGCCAUGAACUACAAGAUAAGAGUUAUUAUUGUUCAAUAUGGUGUUCCGCUAUCAAGGGAAAAUGGACUUGGCAGAAGCUAACGUCGGGCUGUUAGAACGCUUCUGCCUCGUCCAUUAUUUUCCUUGAUAUAGGGACACCUCAUCGGACGUUAUUCCUUACACAUGGGCAAGGGGCAAUUUCAAGCUGUUUAUCUUAAGUUAAAUGGAAAAGUAAUUUUUACAGAAAAAUGGGGAAAUGAAGAAAUAAUUUGAUAUGCAUGUCCUCGUGGAGAGGUUAGGCUAGGUAACCACAAUUAAAAUGCACUUUUUAGGCUAGGUAACCACAAUUAAACUGCACUUUUUAGGCUAGGUAACCACAAUUAAGCUAUACUUUUAAUAACCACAAUUAAGCUAUACUGUUAAUAACCACAAUUAAGUUGUACUUUUUAGUAUUUUAGGGAUGGAGGUCAAAAACAAAAAAUGGUCAAAUUAGUCAUUGCAUGUUUGGAGUGGUCUUUCUGACAUUUCUUUCAAUGCUACUGUGUUAGGGUAUUUUCUCACCUACAUAUUUAUCUUUCAGUGCCACUGUGUUAGGGUAUUUUCUCACCUACGUAGUUCUCUUUCAGUGCUACUGUGUUAGGGUAUUUUCUCACCUACGUAGUUCUCUUUAAGUGCUACUGUGUUAGGGUAUUUUCUCACCUACGUAGUUCUCUUUAAGUGAUUCAAAUUCAAACUCAGUCCUCAAGUGGACCAACAGCACAAGGACUCAGUUCUGUUUUUGUUCAUACUGUGAGUGUGUUACAUAAAGAAGCGGCUGCUCUUUCUGGUCCCGCUAGGCUUUUAUUGUGUGUCAGUCACACCCGGUCCUCUAAUGGUGAAUCCCAUUACACCCCUUAGCCCUACGCCGAUCCCCUUUGCCUCCGUUUUGCGCGUCCACGUGUAGGCGUAGUGGCAUCCCGAUUCACGUUCAGACAGAUGGGUAGGGGUUCGGCGAAGGGCUUUCAUCCCCUCCAUCCCCAUGCAUGGAAUUAGUGACAGCUGUGAGUGUCAUUCCGUGAUUGUUGAAGGGGCAUCCCAAUCCAUAGGGGUUGCGUUUCAAGCCCUACACCUUGCUGCUUUAUUUGAAAGCACGAGGGGCAAGAGGAAGGCAAAGGGGUAGGGGUGGAGAUUAGUAAUUGGAAAGGCCCUAAGUAGUGUUUCUUAAUUGGUGGGUCGGGACCCAAAAGUGGAUUGUCACCAGUUGUCAGUCACCAUAUUGAAACAAGAUGCUGUGUUGAAGUCGAGGAGAGAUUGAAACAUGGUUCAUACUCCAACAGUUGAGCAACAUGUUGUAUGUCAGCAUAGUACAAGGCAAAUGCUGAUGCAUAUAAUCAAAUGCAAGGAUAUAUUUUUGAUCAUUAUUUUAAGAUUCCGAUGACAUGACAAAAUAUUGGGUCACCACAUAAUGGCCAUGGAAAAUUGUGGCUCCCAAAACUACUCCAGUUAGGAGCCACUGCUCUGCAGCUCUCCUUAGGUGGUUACACCUAGUCACAAGAGUAACUUGUCAGGACUCAUAAGCGAACCGUAUUGAGACCGCCUCAAUAAAGGUCUCAGUACGGUUCACUUCUGAGGGGUCUGGGUACACUUUGGAGCAAUUCACAUAUGCACAGAAAAUGCUGAGUCACAGGUCUGAGUUCGCUAAAAUGGCUGGAAGGGACCAGGUGUGAACAUGAGGAUGUGUACACUGGCAACGCUUCUCAGCUUUCAAAUACAAUGCCACAUUGGCAAGGGGCAAUUUCAAGCUGUUAGGUUUAAAUUAAAUGGAAAAGUAAUUUUACAGGAAAAUAGAGGGGGGAAAUGCAGAAACAAUUUAAGGGUGUUUUUUCACUUAGUCCCUUUCAGCCAUUUAAGUGAACUCAGACCUGUGACUCAGCACUUUCUGCACAUUUUCAAGCGCUCCACUGGUGAUGAUGCCAUAGCAACAUCACUCCACCUCUGCUUGGUUCAUCUGGAGAACAAAAACUGUCAUGUGCAAAUGCUGUUCAUUGACUUCUAUUGUACAUGUCUAUUCUUUUUAGUUAACUGCACAUUGAAGACUGGUCAAACGCAAUUUCAAACUUCUGUGCUAACCCUGUUACAUAGAUUUUUCACAAUAAUGUACACUUGAAUUGACUUGACUUGACUUGAUAUAUGAGCGCUCCAAAGUACACCCAGAGGCCCCAGAAGUUAACAGUAGUGAGACCUUAAUUGAUGUGGUCUCACUCGUUACUAGGUGUAAUUGAUGUGGUCUCACUUGUUAUUAGGUGUAAUCACUUCAAGAGAGCUCUAGAAGACCACGUGUGAACAAAAAUAAAAAACUGACAGCCCCUAAAAGCAUAACAGGACCAGAAAGAGCAGCCCGUUCUUUUUUUAAAAAAAGGUAUUUUUUUAGGGGCUUUUAUGCCUUUAUUUGAUAGGACAGUUCAAGAUGGCGACAGGAAGCGAGUGGGAGAGAAAGACGGGGUGGGAUUGGGAAAUGACGCCGGCCGGACUCAAACCGGGGUCCCCGUGGGCAUGCAAGCCCAAAUGUGGGGGUCUUAGCGCGCUGCGCCACAGCGCCCCCAGCAGCCAGUUCUUCUUGUAAUGCACUCACAAUAGGCAUAAAAACAGAACUUUGUCUUUGCUGUCAGUUCACAUUUUGGUUUGUUUAAAGAGGACUGAGUUUGGUUCACUUAAAGGGGACUAGGUGUGAAAAUAUAUGUGCAUGUCCUCGUGGAGAGGGCUUUGGUCAGACUAGGUCACCACUAUUGAACUGAACUUUUUAGUAUUUUAGACCUGGGCGUAAUCACAUGCUUGGGGUGGUCUGUCUCACAUUUCUUUCAGUGCUACUGUGGAAGUUGCACUGAAUCGGAGUGUUUUAUGCUAUAGCUUAUAUUGCUGUCAUUAUUUUUUUCACAAUGGGAAAACAUCAAAUCUCAAAUAUGUAUUGCUACCAAUGAUCUACAACAGGGCUAUGGGACAGGCCUAUCCCUGUAUGUAUCAGGCAACGCAACACACUCAGUAGUUUUAAAUCAGGUCUCAAGAAAUGGCUAGAAGCAAGGCAACACUGUGGACAUUUUUAGUCAUUGAUCUUGUGUUUGGUGUUUUACGUUUUCUUUAGUAUAUAUCUUUUUUUGUUUCUUUGGUGUAUUCUUUUAAUUAGAUAGGCCUUUUUAGCCAUGUAAUACUGUGGGCCUAUAUUUGCACAUAGUGCACCCAUUAUUUGUUUUGUUAUCAUAUUUUUGUAUUAUUAUUAGGACUGGGACUCGAUUAAAAAUUUUAAUCGUAUUAAUCUAUAGGCUUUGAAAUUAAUUAAUCGAAUUAAUCGCAUUUUAAUCGCAUUCAAGUAUCUGAUUUGAGAACAGUGAAAAAUAUAUUUUUUCACAUGAAUUUUGAAUAAUUACAAUAAAUAAGCUUAAUCUAAAAUUGUUAUUCAUUUUUAAAAGAGAGAACUCUUCUCAAUUUCAGCAGGCUGUUCACCAUCAGGCGUAUUACUGCCCUCCACUGGUCUAAUCCAGAACUAUAUAGCUAUGUUAUACUGCGAUUAAUUUUUUUAAUCGCAUGAAUUAAUUAAUCGAAUCGCGUAAUUAAUUAAUCGAAAUUAACACGUUAAUGUCCCAGCCCUAAUUAUUAUUCAUUUUAAUCCUUUUUUUUUUUUUUUUUAGCUUAACACCAAUUCCUGUCCAGGGACUACAUUUGAAAAUUAGCUGUGUGGCUAUAAUCUGUAUUGUGUAUAAUCUGUAUUGUCAAUUAUAUUGUGCACUGUCCCUGCUAAAUAAACAAUAAAUGAAAUUAAAUGAAAUGAUCUGGCUUAACCCAUUUUACCCUGAUGCUACGUAUACGUUGUUUGACCUUUGGCGCCUGGAGCAACAUGUAUAUGCUGCUUUCAGGCUCUUGAGAUUUUUGUAGUAAAUAUCUGGGUGUGUUACAGCUGAAUGAACACAUCCUAAUGCAAGAUGAGGGUCCUAGCUUUUAAACACAACUUUUUUUUGUGCCUCGGAGGCUGAGAUAUUUAGGUUUUAAUAGGCAGAGAGCACUUCUUCCCAAAAAGGGCUUAGGCAUUCAGCAGGUUUUUUGCAAGUGACUAAAGCCUCUUCCACACCAACCCGAUGGUUGGGUAUUGUCGCGCGUUGGGUAUAGUUGGGUCAGAGUUGGUUGGGUGUGUCUCUGUGCAUCUGGGAUAGUUGGAGGACGUUGGUGGUUUUGGGUCUCCAUCGGGAGACUUGAGCAUGUUCAGUUGGGUUGAGGAGCGUGCCGGUAGUCUGGCUCCAGCCCCGGCACUGAUUGGUUUGUGCUAACUGCAAGCAGGAGGUGGGAGGGCACUUGUUUAAGCUAGUCGCAAACUCACAAGUCUUGAGUUUCAUUACAUUACACUGUGUUUGUUUGUAGACAGCUUCUAACACAAUGCCCAGUGUGCCCUUUUCCUCUAGGUCGCACUGAGAGAAAUGAGGUCUUACAGUGGAGUAAUUUAAAGCCAUAGCGUUCUGUGAGCAAGAGACAGAGAUAGAAUGUAGUCUUGAUGGAUAAACUAUGAAUUUGUGAUUAGCGAAUUCGUUGAUUAGUUUUUGAAUUAAUUAUUAAAUUAUUACAAUUCAAUUUGUAUCUGAUGUUACUUUCUCUAUAUUUUCCCUAGCGGGGAUCUUAUGUAAUAAACAGACUUUUCUUUUCUGAUUCUAUUUUUCAUAAUAGACCUGAAAUAUGUUUUGCUGAGACAUUACAUAAAAGUUAGCCAGCUUAUUGCUUAUGUAAAUGUGAAUGAAAAGGAAAGUUUUUGAAAUUGAAAAAUAAA